AUGAUAAGGGGCCCUUACGACAAGCCCUGCGAUGAGUGCCGAAAGAUCAAAAAGAAAUGCAUUAAGACUGACACCGGGGAAUGUAUUUAUUGUUUAAAUAAAAAAACUUCAUGUAAAAGAAAUGGUGUAAGCAAUGUAAAUGAAGCACCAAGCAAUUUCAUCGAAAACUUUUUAUUUGGAUCACAUUUCACUGAACCAAGUACUUCUUCUGGAUCAUUUUUUUCGGCAGUGGAACCAAAUACAAUGGAUAGUUCAUUAUCAUCUUCUCUUAGAACGGAUCAGCAUGAAGACCUGGAAACAGCAUCCAAUACAAUUGAUCUAACAAUGUACCAACCCGUAGUGCCGUCAAUGAAACCAAAUACAAUGGAUAGUUCAUUAUCAUCUUCUCUUAGGACGGAUCAACAUCCAGAGCUGGCAACAGCAUCAAAUACAAUUGAUCAAACAAUGUACCAACCCGUAGUGCCGUCAAUGGAACCAAAUACAAUGGAUAGUUCAUUAUCAUCUUCUCUUAUAACGGAUCAGCAUGAAGACCUGGCAACAGCAUCCAAUACAAUUGAUCUAACAAUGUACCAACCCGUAGUGCCGUCAAUGGAACCAAAUACAAUGGAUAGUUCAUUAUCAUCUUCUCUUAGAACGGAUCAAUAUGUAGACCCGGGAACGGAACCAAAUAUAAUUGAUCGGACAACGCACCAGCCCGCAGGACUGUCAAUGGAACCAAAUACAAUGAGUGAUUCAUCAUCAUCAUCUCUUAUAACGGAACCAAAUACAAUGGAACCAAAUGUUUCAUAUUUUUUGCUACCUUUACCAGCCCGCAGAACUAUCAACGGAAUCGAAUACAAUAGUUGGUUCAUCUAUUCUAUCAAUGGAGCCGAUUUUAUCAUUAUUAUCAAUGAUUCAACCUACUGA